UCAAAGAUUCCUGAAUAUAUCAGAUGUAGAUUUACUCAAAUCCCUUUUGCCACUGAUUUGAUAGGACGGUUUGUUUCAGAGCCCUGUAGCGCCCCCAGUGGUCCGUGUGCAUUAUAACCUGUGAUGGUGUGUGAGCAGCAGCUCACUCUGCUGUUCACCUGCUGAAGGGAGAGAUCUCCUCCAACUCCGAGACUCCUGCACAGCGUGAUGGACGGACGAGAGACGUCAACACAUCACAGAGGUUUAUGGGACUGAUCCAAGCCUCCUCCUCAUCAUCAUCUCUCUCUGAGGUGAUGAGUUCAGUGAUCUGAUCUUCAGCUUCUCUGGAUCUCUCAGAGUUCUCCAUGAGACAUGGUGCUACCUGAAAAAACCUCCAGACCAUGUGCUCCCAAGAAGGUCCCCAAGCAGCGCGCCCUGCCGCACCAGAGCCUGCCCUCCCCGGCCCUGUGCUGCGCCUGCGGACUGUGCAUCAUGCUGGCUGGCAUCAACAUCACCCUGGUGGGAGCGUUCGCCUUUCGCACCUUAAUCCCUACUAGCAACCCCCCCAUCAUCAUCGGGCCUCUCCUUCUGUUAAUAGCCCUGGCCUUCUUCGCGGCGUGCUGUGUGGUGAGCAGGAGGCCCCCGGCCCACAUGGCUCGCAAGGCUAAAGGAGGUGAGAAGUGGGGGCUGAUGCGAAUGGGGACGGCAGCGUUUGAGAUGGAGACGAGCGAGCACACGCUGCAGGACACCACGGCCGUUCAGCUCAGCCCCACCAACUCCCCCACCUCCUCUCACAAGUCCAGCUCCAGCCACGGGGGCGACACCGCUCCGCCUGGCUGCCAGGGUGGAGCCGGCGAGCUGCACGUGUCAGAGAUGUCUGACCAGGGUGUCACUGGCGAUAACGGCACCUUGACCUCUGACCCCAAGGCGAGCACUCCCACACAGAUGCUGCCCGCUCAGAACACUUCCUCAACAUAACGUGGACUUUCUUCUUCUGCAGCCCGGUUUCUUAAUUCUUUUUAAAAGAGACUACAGACAGAAGAUAAAUGAAGUGCGUCGUGCUAAACCUCUCUGAUUGUAGCUUGUUCGGUGUGUGUUCCAGUAUGUCGUUGAAUGUGUAUUGCUCAGUGAAACAGGAUGUACAUGACUUUGCCAGAAGAGAAACAGGAACAGGAGAUGAUACCUUAAUCCAAGUUGCCUGUUUGUGUACUUCUUGUUGUGUAUUCAUGCAGUCAAGACAAAUAAUCCUGCAUUCACGCGGAUCGACUGCGGUUAGCUCUCGUCAACCUACGUUUGGAAAGAAGAUGUCCAGCCAAGCUUCUCUGAGUCACGAAAGCUGCUCCUGUGUAAGCCUGCUAAAUAAUCAGCCACAGUUUUUUUUCCACACACUUUAACAUAACUGUUCUAAUUAUUAUUAUUAUUUUUUAAUGCUGCAAUGAGUGUGUGUGUGUGUGUGUCGUGUCGAGAUGGAUUUUCAAGAACAAAUUAAUAAGUGUGUGUCAUGUUGUUACUGCAGACAUCAAUACGUGUUUGUGGCAUUUAUACGUGUUGUAAAUAAAGCUUCAAA